AUGCAUUUAAUGUAUACUAUUGGAAGUGAUGGUAAAAGAAUCUAUACCUUAAAGAAAACCACUGAAGAAGGUGAAAUCACCAAAUCUGCCCACCCAGCCAGAUUCUCUCCAGAUGAUAAAUACUCAAGACAAAGAGUUACCUUAAAGAAAAGAUUUGGUAUGUUACCAACUCAAACUGGUUCAAACUAA